CUGAAUCUGAGCCUCGGCGAUAGCAGGUUACAGGAAUUACACGUCUGAAUCACCACACUGGCUGUUUAUCAGGGGGGUUUGCCAGUAGCUUACCUGUAGUCGGUUUCGAGAGAUUUAAUAUCGCAGUCCUGCCAUUGGCCAGGAUCUAGCACCUUUCAUCUACGUAUUAAUGUGAUAACUCUCGUCAAGAGAAAUCUUUUUGAGCUUCGAGACAAUCCCAGUCUGAGACGAGGUGAAGGUGCAGGUCUGGAGCGGUGGUCUGUCAGAUGCGUAGGUGUGCAGCGAGCCAGAGCAACAGGUGUACAGCGAGCCAAAGCAACAGGUGUGCAGCGAGUCAGAGCAACAGUUGUGGAACCAGCCACAGAAACUGAUGUAAAGCAAGCCAGAGAAACAGGUGCGGAGCCAAGCAGAGAUACAGGUGUGGGCCACAACAGGUGUGAGAGAUGGAGGGAGUGAGAGAGGUGAAGCGACUGGGGAAGGGCACCUACGGCGAGGUCUUCCUGGUGGAGAAGAACAGCAAGCAGUAUGUCCUCAAGAAGGUAGACCUGAAGGAGAUGUCGGCGAACCGAAGGUCUUACCAGUUCAGGGAGGUGGCCCUCCUCCGCCAGCUGCGGCACGAGGCAAUAGUUACCUACGAGGAUUACCUGAAGGUGGGUCAGGAGAUUCAUCUUCUGAUGGAGUACUGCGAUGGAGGGGACCUCCACUCGCGCAUACAGAAGCAGAAGGUCACUGGAGUACCCUUCUCCGAGCACCAAAUCAGGGACUGGACCUAUAAGAUUACCUCAGCUCUCCAGUACCUGCACCAGAGGCACGUCCUGCACAGGGACCUGAAGCCCAUGAACAUCUUUCUCACCAAAGCCGGAGGACUCAAGCUCGGGGACUUCGGUUUAGCUCGAGUCAUCAGUCCUGAAGCUGACCUGGCCACUACGUGUACUGGAACCCGCGCCUUCAUGGCCCCAGAAAUCUAUAGUAUGAAACCUUACGACACUAAGGCGGACAUGUGGUCUCUGGGAUGUUGCAUCUUCGAGAUUGCCUCCUUCAGGUUCGCCUUCCCCUUCAACAACGUACGGGUGCCGGCUUGCUAUUCCCAGGACCUGCAGCAAUUGGUUAGUGUCCUCCUCAACCCUGAGCCAGAGGAGAGGCCCUCUGCCCUUCAGGUCCUCAGUCAUCCCUUCCUCCAGGCCCUUCAUCCCAACAACCUCCAACACAGUGCAUGUGGUAACCAUGACGACACUCAACAUGAUCAUCUCCUAACUGACGAGGAGAUUCGUGUCAUCAUCAUAGACCUGCACAACAAUAAAUCCCAUCUAAAGAUUAGCUCCUCCAAGACGGUGCUGGAGCUGAAGAGGCUGCUGGGGGAGACUUCGGGCGUCGACGUCGACACCAUCAGCAUCGUCUUUAACACUGUGACUCUCAGUGACAAGGCAACACUCAGUAGCUACGGUGUGCGUUACGGGAGCACGCUCCAGGUGUUCCAGAGGUUCCUUGGAGGCGCGCGCUCCCUUCUUGGCUUUAAGUGCUCCGUAGUCUAGUCUUGGCAAUAAUGCUACUUAAAUGAAUUACAUAAUGCAAUAAAUUUGUAUCAAAUUUUCAGGAUAUGUACACCGAAAGGUUUACAUCCUGUUUCUUAGUGUAUAUUGUAUACACUGGAUGUACUUUAAUAGAUUGUCUCACAUUAUUGAAAUAAUUCAUAUGAGUACCCAAGUCCUCAGUCAAAACUGUCGGACUUUUAUUAAAGAUAUUAUUUAUAAUAAUAUAUUGUUCAAUGUUGUUUUAAAUUUGGCUACUCUGAACAAAAGUUACAAGUAGCACGGGCAACAGUGAGCCCGUAAUGGGCUUAUAUUGUUUAAUAUAAAUAGUAAAUCGCAAUUUUGUAGCUAGCAAUAGGCGUAAUUUAAAAGAAUUGUAUAAUAGCUAAUCGUUACUUACGAUGAUUACAUAAUUAUAAUUUAUAUAAUUUUAUAAUCGAUUAUAUAAUUAUAAUUUAGUCUCAAGUAUCUCGACCAAAAAUUCUACCAGUUUUAGUUGAAGUUUGGAGGUCACAAUCCCGUACCACAGUCUAGUUUUACGACUUUUCAAAUUCAUUGUGGUACCGAAUGGUGAUUUCCAAACUCCAAGUCUGAUAGAAUUUUUGGUUGAGAAACUUUUAUCUCGUCAUGGUACAGUGGGUAGUGCGUGUGUCGGGGAGUCCAGGGAUGACAGUUGGAUCCUACUCUACAGCCUCAAUACUUUAUCAUAGAUAGUACAUCAAGUUAUUGUUAAUAAUUAUUGUUAUUGUUAUAAUUGUGCAAUAUAUUAAUGAAUUAACUGUAAUAUAGGUCUAAACUAUUA